GGAAAUCCUUUUAUUUCUACGAGGACAGCCUCUUUUCCCAUCGGAGACCGAGGCGGUUGCCAAAUAUAAUUAGGGAUUACUUGUUCGGCGGGUUGCCGAGAUGGGGAUCGAGGAAUUGAGCUGCUCCGUUUCCACAGCCAUCGAUUCCUCGAACGUCGGUUUCAAGUUGCUUAAAAAGUUCGGUUGGAAGGAGGGAACUGGUCUUGGCGCCUCGGAGCAGGGUAUUUUGGAGCCCAUCUCAGCAUUUGUUAAGAAGAACAAGCGUGGUAUAGGUGCAGAGAAAUUAAAGAAAAAUGUGGAAGUCCAGAAAGAUUUUAAAGCUAAGGAAAAAAUUAAGCGGGACUUGCAAUCUAAUGCAACGAAAAAGCAAGUCUCCAAAAGAAUUAGGAAGAUGCAUCAAGAAGAGGAGCGGUUCAAAGAGAAGGAAUUUGAACGAGCUUUCUUUCGGGAGUUCUGGCCAGACAAUGUGUAGAAUGUAAUGUCAUAUCCAUGCUUAAAAAGGAGACAAGUAGCAGAUAAUGUGAAGUAUAGUAGUAGUUUUUUUCCUGUAUAAUUGCGUUCCUUGUCAUUGUUUUUUGUACUCUUUAAUUGAGUUUCGACAUUGUAUAAAUUCAUUUUUUUUAAGUUUUACUAUUUGUUUGACUGCGAA